AGAACAGAUUGCGAGUCCUGGGCGACAGUUUGAGACUCACCUCGAACUCACUCACCGGACACUCCUUCACCUGUAGGACGUGUUUCAGCUGGCCACCUGGACUGUUAAUACGAUUCAAGAGGGAGUUUUGACACCUGAUUGUAAACCAACAGGAAUCCGCUGAAUACAGCGACGCACUUCAACAUUAGUUUCUGUGCUCGUCCAUUAGAGGAAACCAGGGGAACCACACAACUAUUUUAUCUCCAUCUAUUUUUGUGACUCUGAGCUGACUGAGUUCAACAAGCGGAAAACCGACAAAUUAUUAUAACGUUAGGUGGACUGUCCAUCCUUCUCUCCGAUGAACAUGUCAGGACUGUUGAGCGCACUCAUUCUCCUAAUUAUUCAAGGGUCGCUGGCUCAGCAUGUGAGAGUGGAGCCAGAAGUUGUGUCAUAUCCUGGUCAGACAGUGACACUGCGAUGCCAGUUUCAGAACCCAGGCACAACACAGCUCACUCAGGUGUCAUGGAUCUUUGAACCGACUAAUGGAGAUCGAACCAACAUUGCAGUAUUCCAUCCAAAUUUUGGAGCAAAUUACCCAACAAGUUCCCCUUUAUCAGGACGUGUCAGUUUUAUAACAGAUCCGCCCUCUUUGGAGAGCCCAUCCAUUAAGAUCAGAGAAGUGAAGAUGACCGAUGAAGGCCGAUAUAUCUGUGAAUAUGCCACCUACCCUUCUGGCAACGAACAGGGAGUCACUUCGCUGAUCAUGCUGGCUAAACCGAAGAACUUAGCUACAAUUGUCACAGUUCCCGCCGGCAAAACCCCAGUCAUCGUGGCGCGCUGUGAAUCAUCCAAUGGCCGUCCGGCAGCGACUAUUUCUUGGUCCACAGCGCUUAACGGAAAUGUGACUGCGCCGAUUGAGACGAAAAAUCCUGAUAAUACGAUCACCGUCCAGAGUGUCUACAUGCUGGCUCCACAGCCGUCGGAUAAUGGCAAAGACAUCAGCUGCGUGGUGUCACACCGUACCAUGACCCAACCCGAGACCUUCCCGAUGAAACUUGUUGUUGAAUAUCCUCCCCAGGUGCAGAUCGUAGGGUAUGAUAACAACUGGUACAGGGGUCGGACAAGUGCAUUUUUGACCUGUCAGGCAGAUGGAAACCCCAGCCCCACCACUGUCACCUGGAAAACUUUGUCUGGACUGAUGCCUGAAACGGUGCAGGUGCAGGAAAAUCGGCUCGCUGUGCAGAAGGUGGAUGACACCCUCAACACCACCUUCAUCUGUGAGGUCAGAAACAGUCUGGGAUACGGCAGAGAUCAGAUCUCCGUCUUCGUGAGGGAACAAGCACCUCCCACCUCAAAUGCGGGCGUGAUUGCUGGCGUGAUCAUCGCGUGUAUUCUGGCCAUCUCAUUGUUAGCGGUCCUCAUCUACUUCCUGGUAUUCUAUAAUCGCCGCCAACAGCAUGGCUACCGUGGCACCGGCAAGCCAACCAGUGCUCCCUAUGACUCCUUUACCCGUCUCUUUGGAUCUGCCAAAUCAAGCAAAAAUGGCACCGGAAACAAUGGAAACAACAACACGCCCAUUUACAGGGGAGAGGUGGGGCUUAAUGAGAAAACGGCCAAUCAGGGCAUGCACCCAGGAGGCGUUGCUCUGCUCGAGACCACACACACACACACAGCGGAGGAUAUCCUUCUUAGUAGAGAGAUGGACGAGGUAGAAAGGAAGAAAUUUGAUGAACUGGAAGAAGAGGAUGAGCGAUACGAUCAUUUUGGUGGGGGUGGGCCCAUCCUACAGCUCCGCCCACAUGAUGAUGACCUAGACGAUGACAUGGAGUCCCAGAGGGACGGCUCUGUGAUUUCUCGGACUGCAGUCUAUGUGUAGGAGGAGAGCAGAAAGAGGUUCUAGGAGGGUGUACGUGGACCUCUUCCAGAAGGAUUGAAUUUCUUCCUCUUAACGAAUUUUCAUUUUAUUGUAAAAACGAAUUACACCAUCAAAUACCACGAGAGAAGGAUUAAUGGAUGGAUUGAGUUAAUGAAUGGAUGAAUUAAUACGCUGGAUAUAGCACAGAUUAAAACAUUGGAGGAUUGGGUGAAGUAAAUAGAGACUACUAAAUACGAAACUGUCAGGCUUCCAUUUCUAAUUAUUGCUUUGUUUGUCAUGGUGACACAUUCGGAGUAAUACGAAACUAAAGAUGUUGACGCUGCGCGAUAUAUAUAUGACAUGCACACACAUGAAGUUAUGUAAGUAAAUCCACUGUGCUUAUAUGUAAUAGUUUUAACUUGUUAUUUUUUAUUGAUCAUGGAUUCACACUUAAACCAGUUUCAAACUUGAUUCACUCGGUGUGAGUUGAGUUUGGGUGGAGCACAUUCCUCGGCCCUACAUCUCUUUAUCUUCUAUGGAAGCUAUCCUUAUGUAUUGUGUAGAUUUUGAAAAAGAGUCAAAUGUGCCCAGUGCUUUUGAUCUGUUAUACACUCAUGUGUAAUAUUUGACUAGCCACGCUUCCGUGGGCUUUCUUCCUGUAAAGUCAUCCUCACAAGCUCAUCUGUCUCAAGAUGACAUGCACAGUUCCCUCAUUAUACAGCACUCAUUAUCUCAAUCCCGUGACGUGACUCACCAGUGAAUCAUUUGGUUUUUUCGGGGCUAAUCAAAUCAAAACAAAUGUUAAUGAAUGGUGUGUUCAUCCUCACCCACAAUCCAUUUAGUCAGGAAAAGAUGAGUUCAAGCAGUGCUUUUUCCUGUUUUUCUUGUACAGUUUCCUUAUACAUUCAGUCAUAAAAUGAUGUAGCAGACCGCUGUAGUAAUAAAAACAGCGAGUCAGGGUCACAUCCUUAUUCACAGUGAACUUUAAACCCUGACGGAAAUGAAGUAUUCAACUAAAUUUAUUGUAAUAUGUCACAGUUAAACUUGCGAAGGGAUGGUGUGCCACAUAUUUAACACUUUACAAUAUUGUUCAGGUUGUUAAUAUGGUUUUAGUUAUGAACCAACAAUACUUGUACAGCAUUUAUUAAUCCAAGUUCAUGUUAAUUUAUAAAUAUACUAUUGUUCAUUAUUAAUGUUUGUUCAUAAUACACUCACUGAUAUUGGUUUAUUAACUUGAAAUGCUAAAACUAUCAAAAUUGGCAUUAACCCAAAUUAAUAAAUGCUGUGGACAUGCUGUUAAAAGUCAGUAGAUGAUGAUUCCUAAUGCUUUAACUCUUGCUAAUGAAUAAAAACUGUAAAGUGUUUACAGCAAUUCUAUAUUUAUAAUUAUAACCCAUGACCAGAGUAACCAUGGCCACACAGCUAAAUAUACCUCUCCUCAGACACCGCGGCUCCCAUCACAUACUGUUAUUUUCUUGUUUUAUUGUCGUUCCCCUCAGCCGCUGAGAUACACUGCCUUGUUUAAUGGGAAAUAAAAUGAAGAAGCUCUUGAA